AUGCGAAGAGUUAUUUUGUACCACGACUACUCGCGACGAAACAGAAUAACCGGUGAUUCUAAGUUGACCUUCGAAGAAUUUACGACAGUAUUGUCAUUAAUAGAAGCAGCAUUAAAUAGUCGUCCACUAUCCCCACUGUCCGCUGAUCCUAAUGACCUUCUCCCCCUUACCCCAGCCCAUUUCCUCAUAGGAAGGCCUCUGACCGCACCUGCCAGCGCUGACCUGACGGGCGCUGCCCCUCACCGCCUGCUACGCUACGACCGAGUCGAGCAGAUGCGACAGCAUUUCUGGAGACGCUGGAGCAAGGAGUACGUCUCAGAGCUUCAGAUCCGCAGCAAAUGGAAGACGAGGGAACAGGACCUGCAGAUCGACAUGAUGGUACUGAUCAAGGAGGACAAUACCCCUCCCCUGAGAUGGCGGCUGGGGCGAAUAGUGCGGACCUACCCAGGCAAGGACGGCGUCUCUCGCGUAGCCGACAUACGGACGGCGCGCGGGAUCAUUCAGAGGACGUUCGCCAAGAUCUGUCCACUUCCGAUGCAAGCUGAUGAAGACACCAGCGGUGGCGCAGACUCGACGACCUCAACCGUGACUCCGAGACAUGGCUGACUGAUAGAAAGCUGAUGCUUCCAAGGCCGGCGGGAUGUUCACGCUUUCACGCCAUCUAACGGAUGUGGCGAGAACUACAGGAGGCGCACGCGCACCACAGAUGCUUUGUCGUCUUAGACCGUCGUUAUAUCAUCUAGUUUGUUUCACAGCGCCAUCUAUUUUAUUGUAUUAGUUUGUAUAAUCAUUAUUGUAAUUCACUUGCCUUUGUGACACCAGCAAAUAAACAUUUAAAAAUUAA